AUGUUGAAUGAUGAUCAACUGUGUGAAAACAACCCAAAAAGGCAUCCUGAUUUCGUGGAUAUCAUUAAGACGAUCAUCGUCACUACGAUGUGCUUUCUGGUCAUCGGUGGAAACAUUCUCUGUCUCAUCGUCCUGAGCUCACGGCGAACCAGGGGAUUCAUUCUGGACACUACGCGUAUUCUGAUGACGUCAUUGGCUUGCACGGACUGCGGCAUGGGUCUUCUAGUGCUGCCACUGUGCGUGUAUCCCGCACUCUUUCACUGCUGGCCGUUCGGAGACCCCAUCUGCAGGAUGCAGGCGUUGUUCAUAUCCAGCCUGUUCCACGAAUCGACUCUGUCUCUCGUCCUCAUAGCCGUGGAUCGCUACAUUUCUAUAUUCCACCCUCUCAGAUACCCGGUGAUCGUAACGCGCAACAACGUUAUCAUCACCGUGGUCCUUACCUGGUUCAUCUGUUUCAUCGUCUAUGGCACGGUGGUCUUAGGUUUCGGCCAGUACUACUAUGAUGACGUCGGCAUCAACUGCGAGCCGUAUUACCAAAACACUACUGUAACGGCCACGGUCAUGUGCCUGUUCUAUUUCCCGUCAGCGAUCAUUAUUGUCGUCUGCUACCUGCAGAUUUUCAGGGUCGCCAUCGAGCAGCGAGCACGAAUCUCGUCGGAGAGCGGUUUCCAGGUAAUCAGAUUGUCAGACUUACAACCUUUAGGUCGGCAGUAUACCAAACACAUUGUCAUGUCCAAUUCAACUAAUCCUAAAUACGUGCUGUAA